AUGAAAAAUAAUAACAAUAAAAAAAAAAAAAAGAAUUAAGAAAUAAAUUAUAGUGCAGCAUUUAUAAGUUAGGAUUAAUUUAAUACAUUUGUAGAUAAUAUAAAAAUUGAAAUAUUAAAUUCAAAGCCGGAAUAAAUAGAAUUUUAACUCUAAGGAGUUGAUGCUCCAAUAGCAAAUGCUUUAAGAAGAAUUAUGAUAGCAGAAGUUCCAACUAUGGCUAUUCAUAAAGUAUAUAUAUACCAAAAUACUUCAAUUAUUCCAGAUGAAGUAUUAGCUCAUAGACUUGGUUUACUUCCAAUAUAAGCAGAUCCGCGUUUAUUUGAAGAAAAAGAAGAUGAUGCGGAAUAUAAUGAGAAUAAUUCAAUAAAAUUUUCAAUUAAAGUAAAAUGUUAGAAAAAAUAAACAUAUAAUAAUCAUUCUUAAAAAGAUUUGGAAAAUUUAGAUCCGGAAAAAUACUUGGAAAAUGCAAUUGUAUAUAGUGGCUAAUUUAAGUGGGAACCUAUAGGUAAUUAAAAAGAAAGAUUCAAAGAAAAUAUAAUAAAAAUAGUGCAUGAUAAUAUUAUUGUAGCAAAACUAAGAGAAAAUCAAGAAAUUAUAGCAGAAGUAAUUUGUUAAAAAGGAAUGGGAAAAAAUCAUGCUAAAUGGUCUCCUGUAUGUACUGCUUAUUAUAGAUUAAUGCCUUCUAUAAAAAUAUUAGAACCUAUAUAGGGUAAAAAAGCUCAAUAAUUAAAAGAAAAAUGUCCAGCUAAAGUAUAUGAUGUUAUAAAUAAUCAAGCAAAAGUUGUAAAUGAAAUAGAAUGUACAAUGUGUAGAGAAUGUAUAAGAGAAGAUGAAGAAUUAAACUAAAAACUUUAAUUGGGGAAAGAAUAAGAUAAUUUUUAUGUAAUAAAAAAAAUAAUAUAUAUAUAUAUAUAAAUAAAUAAAUAUAUAUAUAUAAAUAUAUAUAUAUAUAUAUAUUUAUUUUUAUAUUUAUAUUUUUUUAGUUACUGUUGA